AUGUGGCACACCCUUCGUUUGGAUUAUGGAAUACAAGCACCAAGAAGAAAGGUGGAAGGGAUUUUACAACAAGUUGACCCUGAAGGAACAGCCUUGCGAAAGGCGCAUGCACUAAGGAGAAGGUCGUACACUAACCCAGGCCCGAAUUUUGCUUGGCAUGUUGACGGCUACGAUAAGUUAAAGCCAUACGGCUUUCCUAUUCAUGGUGCGGUGGACGGUUUCAGUCAUCGAGUCAUGUGGUUGAAAAUUUGCCCCUUGAAUAAUGACCCAUGCCACGUAGCUUCAUUGUUUUACAAUUGUGUUAAAUCAAACAGAGGUUGCCCAAGAGUUCUUCGAACAGACUGUGGGACUGAAAAUGUGACCAUGGCGGCCAUGCAGUGUUAUUUUCGGGGAAACGGUAAUGACGACCAAGCUGGAUUAAAUGCACAUAGGUACGGAUCGUCCCCAACAAACCAGCGCAUAGAAGGAUGGUGGUCAUUUUAUCGGCAUGAAAGAUCAACGUGGUGGAUUAAUUUUUUUAAAGACUUAGUUGAAACAAAUAUUGUUGAUAAUGCAAGUGAAUUAAGUAUGUCCUGUUUGUGGUUCUGUUUUAAAGAUAUCUUGCAGGCGGACCUAGAUCAUGUAAGGGAUCACUGGAACACCCAUUACAUUCAAAAAUCACGUCACGAUACAGUCCCUGGUAGGCCUGAUGAGCUUUUCUACCUUCCAGAGAACAGUGGGUUUGAAGAUUUCAGAUGUCCCAUCACAGAACAACAACUUGAUGAUAUGGCUGUGUACUGUACAACAGACGAAGAAGAAAACAUUUUUCUCGAGUAUUUUAAUUAUGCACUGGAGAGUUUAAAUUUGCACCGUCCGACAAACUGGAGGGAGGCAUUAAUACUUUUCCAACGUUUAAUGCAAGUAUCACAAUAG